AAGCCUGCGCUGCUGGUGGUCUCUGACGGACCUCAAGAUCGCAGAGGAGGCAGAGGAUGGUUCUUCAGAUGCUUCUUCCAGUUUCGGCGAGCCUGAGGGUGGACCAGUCCACGCCUCUUUGCAAUCCAUUCAAAUGCGGCGAAAAAGCAUUGAAGCCAUGCUGGCGCGACGAAGAAACUCUAAUCGAAAAGGCGUGCCAAACGCUUCGGAUGAGGAUGCUGCACGUGCCAAAGAAGCCGAGUCAGCACCAGCGAGAAUUACGUUAAAGCAUGCCAGAGCUCGAGGUGAUGGAAUUUACGCUGGAAGUGAUUCUGAUUUGCAAGACCCCGAUUUGAUUGAGAUUCUGACUCCUCCCAAUGAGCAGGAAGUGCUGAUGCGCAUGGGUGAUUCGCACGACUCGUCUGAAGGCUUCACGGAUAAGGACACCGAGCGGCUACGCAAGGCCUUUGUCUUGCAUCGGCAAGCCUUCAGCCCAGAGAUCCAUACAGACGAUUUGGAACAGAUUCUGGACUACCUGGGCUACCUCAAGAUUCCUGAAGCUGACAUUCAGGCAAUGGUGUCAGAAAUUACGAGGUAUUCCACCAUGGAGUUCGAGGAAUUCAUGAGUUUCAUGACCCGGGCCAGGGCAACUGUGCUGCACAAAGUGCGCGAGAAGUUCCUGCUUUUCGAUGCAGACAACUCGGGCGAGCUGAGUUCUGAUGAAUUGGAAGAUGUGCUGAAAUCGUUGGGAAUCACACCUUCCAGAACAACCAUAGCUGGAGCCUUGGCUGUGGUGGACGAAGAUGGAUCGGGCAGUCUGGACUUUGAGGAGUUCGUGCAGCUGCUUCUGAUCUACCGAAAAACGGAAGGCUUCUCUGAGACGGAGGUAUUGAAGCUGCACCGCAUAUUCAGCCGAUUUGCCGAGACAACGCCGAGCACGUCAGGGAGAACGAUGCUUCCCUACGAUCGUUCCAACAAGGCCCUCAUCGAGAUGUUCGGCAGCCAGGCCGCGCAGCUGGCCUCACGACUUGGGAGCGCCAUGCCGAGGCCGUCUUCAGAAGGAGAGGAGGGGAAGAAGCUUACCAAGAAGAUGGAAGGCAUGACCUUCCGCGAGUUUCUCAUCUGGGCCAGGCGACUUCGGGAGAUUGAAGUACAGUGGUACAAGCAGGAGUUUGCCCGUGCAGAUGUGGACCAGGGAGGUUUUUUGGACGAGGAAGAGAUACGCCUUGUUCUGGAAUGUCUUGGCUACACGCCUCUCCGGGCAGUCAUCAUGGACAUGAUUGAGGCAGUUGGCCCACAGAAGCGUGGGAUGCUGGACUUCGAUGAGUUUGUCCAGAUGAUGGAGCUUUUCCGAAGCUCCAACGGCUUCAUGCGGCACGAAGUCAGGGAGUUCAAGCAGAGCUUCGACAUGUUCGACACGGACCGCGCUGGUGAGGUCGAUGUGAUCCAAGUCGGUGGCAUACUUCGCUCUCUGGGAUUUGUCACCGAACUGGCAGAAGUCCAGGUGCUCCUGAAGACCGUGGAUUGGAAUGGCAGCAACUCUUUGGACUUUUCUGAGUUUCUGCGUCUGAUGCGUAUGCACCGCGAGCAGGAGCUGCUGCGCAUCAAGGAUACCUUCGACAAGUAUGCCGAUACCUACGUGGCAGAAGAUGGAGCCGUCAAGGUCACGGUGGAGCCUGGAGACGUGAGAACCAUGCUGCAACUGCUUGGAUUCUCAGAUAACUUCGUGACUUCGACCACAGGCGUGUUCCGAGCGUUGCUCCGAGAUGCACUUGACUAUGAUGCGAUGGUGCUUCUUUGUGACUCUUGCCGUCGCAUGAACAUGGAGAAGAUGCGGAAGCAAGCUGGUUUUUCGGACGAAGCUGUAGACAAGUUCCAGAAGCUCUUCCGUGCUCUCGAUUCUGACGACAGCGGCGAGAUUGCUCAGAACGAGUUGGUGGCAUUCUGUCGAGAACGAGGUUUGUCUUUGCAGACGAAGAAGGAUCAGCAGCAGCUGCUCAAUUUCAUCAACGAAGCACGAACAACCGCGCUGCAAGCUGGCGUUCCUAGGCAUCUCUGCGGGACAGAGGGCUCCGCAGCUGUGACGUUGUGGGUCUUCAUCCAUCUCCAACGCAUCCUGCAGACUCACCAGGACAAAGAAAGGGCUUCUCAUCUUCGAGGUACUGGUCCAUCGAGCUUUUCGCAGGCAGAAGUCGAUGAGCUGUCCGCUAUCUUUUCGCGAGGCUUGACGGCCGAACGAGGGUCGCCGACCUCUGAUCCGAAGGCAACGCUUAGCGUUAAUGGGCUUUGGACCAUCCUCCUCCAGCUCGGAGUGAAACUGACACCCAUCGAGAAGGAGGAGGUCAAGGUCAAGCUCUUUAUGGACUGCGGCAACACUCUCGACCUGGCUGCUUUCCUCAAGGUGGACAGAACAAAGACGAAGAGCGUCACGGUGGUCGGGGGAAAUGUGGCUUUUCAACAAGCUGGAACCCAGACAAAGGUCAAAGUAUGCGGACGGGAGUUUCACAGCGUUGCUGUCCAAAGGGCACUGCGCUAUUGCGUCGAACGGAGCAGGAUCCCUUUGCUGGGCUUGCUUAGAGCGACUUACACACCGAUGGCUGAAGCAAUGGGCAGCUGCGAGGCCGCAGAGGCAGAUGUUUGCUGGAUCACAGUGCUUUCCGACACUGAUCUUGUACGUAACGACCUCUGUUUUCUUGUGCUCACAAGCGUGAUCUUGCUGCCCGUCAACGGCACUUGUCAAAUGGCACGGAUUGCAUUUUUUUCUGCAGACUUCGUCCUCCGGGUCCUGGAAGCUGUCAGCCCAUCGAAGCUUUCAGCUGACCCAGAGGAGCGCUCCUACGUCAUCGCUGCGUUGGAAAGGGUGCUUGUGGACUUUGACCACAAGAGCCUCGAUGCUUGGCGCAGGCUAGCUGUCAGCACGGCUGCUUCCGCUUGCUUGCAGGCAGACGCUCUAAAGGAUGAGAUGAAACUCGCAGCUGAUGCUCAGCAGCUGGUGGCAGAUGUUGCUGCUGAGCUGCUGCCACGCGCAAUGGCGGCCAGUAGAUUCCUUGCCAAAGCUGCACUUCGACUCGAGGCCUUUUCGACGUACCUUCUCGCCCAAGCUGCUGUUGACUCCGGAAGAUCGUUUCCUGAAGUUGACCUUGAGGAGGUGCGAAGUGAGUUUGAUGACCUCCUCAUGGACUAUUACAAGAUGGUGGUGAGAGAGCACGACGAGCUUGCAUUCAAUAUCAUCCCUUCCUUUCAGGCAUCUGCUUUGCAGCGCCUUGUGCGUGUCAAGACGACUUCCCCCGUGAAUCUGUUGGUGCUGAAUUUGGGUCAGACUGCCAAGGUAGGCUUCACCACGCUUUGGAGCAUUCUCAGGCUGAGAUCUGUUCCGCUGCGCAUCUUCAUUCUGGGCGACCCUGCAGGUCUUGAGAACUGGCGCUCGACUCUGCGAGAGCUUGAGGCUGCUGGCAAGACUCGAGACAUCAAUCUCAUUGAUCUGGAAUUCGUGGACUUCACAAACAAUCCCAACUUCCAGCUCUUCAUGAGUCAGUACCCGGCUGGCUGCGACGUCAACAAAAUCGGUGAAGCCUUGCUCGCCCGUUUCAUAUGCCAUGAGUUACUACCAUCUGAUGUGGAGCGUGUCAUAGCCAUGGAUCUUGGUGAUGUGCUUGUGAUGGAUGACAUCGCAGACCUGUGGGCACAGUUCGACACAUUUGAGAAGCACCACAUCUUCGCAGCCGCGCAUAUUUCAGUGUUGAGCCAUGUAAAUGGCGGCCUGGCCCUGUACGACUUGUCCAGGAUGCGCUCCCGCAACUGGACGUCGAUCGCUCUCAAGGCUGCAAGAGAAGGCCUCGAAAGGAGUGGUGACUGCAUCCAUGAUCAGUCCUUGAUGAAUACGAUUCAUCUACACAGUCCGGGUGAGCCAAGCCCCAUGCAAGCGCUGCCUUGCCGCUGGAUGUUGGUCCCGGCAACUGAGUGGGGGAUGUUCUGGAACAGUCCGGAGCUGGUACUGCCGGAGGUACGAGAACGUCGUCGAUAUCCUGGCAUGGUCGGCGCUGGCCAUUACGAGGUCUAUUGCCCAGACCCGGUGGACCUCCUGAGCGGCUGGUCCUUCCUGUUGUCGACCAGCGACACUCGGAAACGGGUUCGAACGAUGUCGCUGCUUAAGGGCAGCCAGCGGCUGACCCAAUGCACAAAGGAGGGCGUUUCGGGCUUUGUUCACCCGAGAGAUGUGCAUCCUUCCCAUUGCUGCCAGUGCGGUGAAAGGGCAUCGCUGGUGCACAUCCCUGGAGACAUGAAGCAGUGGGCAUUUGUCGACAAGCUUUUUCGCUACCAUUCACCUUUCAGUGACUGGGAGGAGAAGGAGCUGCAAGAGACACUGACGCGACAGCUUUGGCAAAAGGAAUCCCGCUUUGCUGAACAGAGCCGUCAUGUGCAAGGGGCAGCCGGUCAGAUGGUCGAGUUGUACGGCGGUGAGGUCUGCUUCAAGAGGGAUGGCAAGAUGUGCUGCAGUGCACGAAAUGAGCUGCGCGAGGGCCAGAAGGUUCUGUACAAGACCCUCAACAUGAAGCCACUGCCUCCGCCCUUCCACCUCGAGGUGGAAACGACUGCAGCCUCAGAUGCUCACGUGCUCAUGGGUCAAGGGCCACUAAGCUCCCUCGAGAUUGUGGCCGGGGCGCAUGGCGGGUCCUGGUCUGCAGCUCGGUGGGUGUUCGAGGGAGGCUUCGUUCCACUGACAGCUUUCGAUGGCUCUCCACAGAAGGACAACCCAGCUGCCAGCAUCCCAUCAAAGUUCACGGUGCAGCUGGAAGAGGAUGGAAGGCUUCUUGUUCGUCAUGGCGUAUCCGCCCCUCGCAGUGAAAUGCAACAAGUAACACUUCAGCUUGGCGCUGCCAGCCUUUUGAGCGGAGGAGUGGGGCUUCUACCUCCCUGA